UGAGCUGAAACCAAGAAUUGGGUGCUUAUCUGACUGAGCCACCUAGGCGCCCCCUGAUGAAGACAGAAUGUAUGCACCAACAAGGUGGAAAGUGGUUCUAGGAGUGAUGAUUUAAAUUUUCUUAUAGUUUAGAAAGAAUAUUUAGACAUUUUUGUGGUAGGGUGCCUAUCCUAUUAAUAAUCAGAGUGGAAACAGUGAAACUCUUUUUACGGGAGGAGGUGGAGGGAAGAAGAUGGGAACAGAGGCCUUGGUUUUCGGGCCCAAAGUCUGCCAUGCCUUGUGGCCCUCUGUGGAACCUGAGUGUUGGCUGUGCUGGGACCUACCACACUUGAGGUCCCCUCCUACCAAACUCUGGAUGCAGUUAGUCUUCAUGGCAUCAUGAAGUUUUGUGCCAACAUCACUGGUGAGGACUUUUGAGAGCUCUUUAUUUAUAUCAGUGGCACCCUUCCAAAGCUGGUGGGAGUCUGUGUGCUAUGUGCUUUAGGCCUGAUGACCUCAGUCAUCUGUGAUGCCAGAAUGUGGUGUGAAGUGAGGUGGGGAGACUUCCACCUUUGCGUGGAAGAUGUUUUAGAAGUGUUGAAGGAGAUUUAUUUAGAGCUAACAUCUGAGCAUUUGUUCAGAACAGUGAGAAGGGUGCCUUUUACCUUGAAGCCCCAGUUGACCAACAAGUGGCAUCCUCACUGUGUCUGGAGUUGCCAUUUCCCACAGGUUGGGCUCCUGUGGUGGUACUUGAUCCAUCUGAUGGGCCUCCUGUGUUGUGUUUAUCUUCUGGCUUUGAAGACUCUGAAGAGCAGUGUAGAAAGGAUAGCAAACUUGGGUGAAGUGCUGGUUGAAACAAAUCUAAAUGGCGAAAUGAACUUCAGUGUAGAAACUGAUGUCGUGUCUAUUAAAAGUUAUUUUAACAAUCUUGGAAAUCCUCCAAAGUGUGCUCAGGAUAUGUCUCAAGACGGAAGCCUGGAGAACAUGGUGGGAGUGCUAGUAGAGAGUGGGAAGCUUCUGCAGUUUUUCGAGGGACAGCAAAUAAAUCCUGUAACAGCCUUAUGCAAUGUUUUGAGCAAUACUAUUCUUCAUCUUGUUUUGGUUCAUGAAGAUGUCUCUCUUCAGUAUUUCAUUCCUGUCUUAUAAAAAUUCAAGCAGCCUGUAUUUUUUUUUUAAGCUUAUGAUCUUUUCAAAACUGAAACAGACCCUGAGUUAAUUGGCUUGCAAGUCUGCACCCUCACUGGCCUAUGAGAAUGUACAUUUUGCUGAGCUCUUGUUCCUUUGCAAAGCUUUUAUUAAAAAAAAUCAUUGGUGAAAGAA